CCUUCUGCAACCAUACUCAAGUUUUUUAUUUUGCCUCUCUAGUAUAUCCAAUGGAUCAGCAGAAGAAGACCACCUCUGGGGCUCUCCAGGCACCACUGACCGCACCUAGCAACAAUCCUACUGCUGCAGCUCAGGCACUCCUCCAUAACCCUGGUGCUGCUCAAGCACUUGCCAAUAAUCCGGGUGCUGCUGCGGCUGCUGAGGCAAUCCUUGGAAACCGAGGUGCUACUUAUCAGCCACUCCUUAAUAACACUCAUGUCGGUCAGCAACACAUGGGCGUUCCCGGUGCUAGUAUCAGCAAACCUAGUACAGGUGAGGCACUCAUGAAGGGUCAUACUGGUUCUCAUGCACUCAUCCGAAGUGACCGUGGGAGCAUGUUAAGCUUGUCAGAUGACAAUGUGAUGAUGAAGCAAAUAUUGGCAACUCAUGCUCCUGAUGGUCGAGAAUUUGAUGUUAGACCUCUACUCAAUCUGGUUGAGGACAUCCUCAAUCGAGCUUCCCAGCAUGUUGAUUUUCUUGUUAAGGGUACUACUCAAGCUCAAAUCGAAAUGGAAGAGAAAGCCCUACAAGCAAACCAUAUAGUUAUGCUUGAAGCUCUUACAUAUACCAUUGACCGAAUUGCCUCCGAGCUAUCAUACAAGGCUUUGGGGGGUUCGGAUGCACAUGCAACAACAACUGCAAUAUUCAACUUGCUAUCAAGCUAUACAUGGGAUGCUAAGCUAGUAUUAUCCCUAUCAGCCUUUGCCUUGAACUAUGGAGAAUUCUGGCUUCUUGCUCAGAUUUACUCAACUAACCAACUUGCCAAGUCAAUGGCAAUCCUGAGGCAAUUGCCGUCUCUCCUGGAGCACACAGCUCCUCUGAAACCCCGAUUUGAUGCACUUAACAAUUUGAUUCGGGCAAUGAUAGAUCUUACUAAAUGUGUUGUUCAGUUCACACAGCUGCCAUCAACAUACAUUUCUCAGGAUGUACCGGUAUUGGAGACUGCCAUAAACCUCUUCCCAACUGCUGUCUAUUGGACCAUCAGGAGUAUGGUGGCUUGUGCAACUCAAAUUUCCAACCUUUCUAGCAUGGGUCAUGAGUUCGGAAUAUCAACCACAGAGUCGUGGGAGCUGUCCACCUUGGCUCACAAACUCAGAAACAUAUAUGAACUCCUAAAGCAGCAGCUGAACCUUUGCUACCAAUAUAUAGAGGAAAAGACAGAUGUUGCAUUUUAUCAAUUGCUUCUGACACUCUUUGACCCGAACGCCUUGCAUAUCGACAACAUGAAAGUUCUCAAGGCCUUAAUUUAUGAUAAGGAUGAUAAACUACCGCUUCUUGAUGGUGCUACAAAGAGACGAGUUAGCCUGGACGUGCUAAGAAGGAAAAAUGUGCUCUUGCUCAUUUCAAGCCUCGAAUUCGCCAACGAUGAGCUAGCAAUUCUUGAGCAGAUAUAUAAUGAAUCAAGGAUCCAUGCAACGAGGCUCGAGAGUCAGUAUGAAGUCGUUUGGAUCCCAAUUGUGGAUCAUUCCAUCAUCCCAUUGCCUGAAGAAAUGCAAACCAAGUUCGAGAACCUACAAAGUACCAUGCCAUGGUACUCAGUGCAGGACCCUUUGGUCAUAAAGAAGCCGGUCAUCAGGUUCAUCAAGGAGGUUUGGCAUUUCAGGACAAAGCCAAUCCUUGUGGUGCUUGAUCCUCAAGGGAAGGUGGUUUCCCCUAAUGCAAUUCACAUGAUGUGGAUCUGGGGAAGCACUGCUUUCCCCUUUACUAGUUUAAGAGAAGAAGCUCUUUGGAGGGAAGAGACAUGGAGGCUUGAUCUUCUGGUUGAUGGAAUUGACCCAACGGUCCUCAAUUGGAUUAAAGAAGAAAAAUACAUUUUCUUGUAUGGAGGGGAUGAUGUCGAGUGGGUAAGAAGAUUUGCAAAUUCAGCACGCAGUGUAGCAUCUGCGUCUCGCAUUCCUCUUGAGAUGGUUUAUGUGGGGAAAAGCAGGAAAAGGGAGCAUGUGAAGAAAGUUGUAGGAAUUAUCAAUGCGGAGAAGCUUAGCUAUGCUUGGCAAGACCCGACCAUGGUGUGGUUCUUUUGGACCAGGUUAGAAAGUAUGCUGUUUUCGAAGAUUCAGUUAGGCAGGGCAGAUGACCAAGACCCAAUGAUGCAACAAAUAAAGAAGCUGCUUAGCUAUGGCAGAGAAGGUGGAUGGGCAGUGCUUAGUAGAGGGUCUAAUAUAGUGGUGAAUGGCCAUUCCACCACAGUUUUGCCUACUUUGGGUGGUUAUGAUGAAUGGAAAGUGAACAUAGCUGAACUAGGAUUCGAUAUGGCAUUCAAAGAGUACCAUGACAAGCUUCAUGAUGUUGCUCACCCUUGUUGUCGGUUCCAGUUCCCGACCAUCAUAAGGACCCCUGAGAACAUGAGGUGCCCAGAGUGCCAUCGCGUUAUGGAGAGAUACACAUCAUUCAUCUGUUGCCAUGAUGACAAAGGCAUUCCAGGCUCGCUAUUUUAAGCUGGGAUCAGGUUUCAUCACUGUUUUUCCAUCUACUAUUCUCACUAAAUAAAGAUGUUCCUAUGGGACUCAAAUUAAAAAAAAAAAUUCUUCUAAAUUCACUUUGGCUGCUAAGGAUUUGUGGUUGACAUGUAUUGCCGGUGGGCACUUUGAGGCCUAAGUUGGAGUAGUUUAAUAGUUAAACGUAAAAUAAUGAUGUUUGGUUUCAACAUUAUUGUCAAGUAUAUUAUGUUACAAACUGAAAACUUCAUUUGACUAAGAACUUCUUUUGCUUUA